GCAAUUUUCACCCAACAUGGCGACUGAUGAAAAUCGUUGAACUCAUCGAUGGCAACACUCUAUUUACCAACUAUUCUCGGCAAACAGGAAAUAAAUUAUCCUGAACUUGAGAAAUUAUGCUCAAUUGGUGGUCUUGGUCACAGAUUGCAAGAUUCAACUGACGAAGCUCAUGAAGAAUUCAUGAAAAACUACUCUAGAAUCCUGAAAGCAGAAGAAAAGUUACCAAAAGUUAAAUUUGGGCCACAAAAUCGUAUUAAAAGUUCCCAAAAUGGAGUAGAAAUUGGUACAUCACUUAUGUUGUGUGAUAAAAAAAAUCAUCAUCAAACUCAUCUCUGUAAUGAUCGUGAAUUGUCAGUUAUUAAUCACAAUAUCAGCGAUCAUCUUCGUUUACUCCAUAAACCUCGUCCAACAUUGAACUGUGUGCAAAACUUUCAGACACUCUCAUUGAAGAAAUUGUUGCGAAAACUACCUUUUGAAAGAACACGUAUUGAAAAAGACGCCAUAUAUCAACACUUGCAACGCUUUACACAUUUAAAGUCGAAGAUCCCGUUAAAAAUCUUACGUGAACUCUCAGCUGUAAUUCAACUAGAGAAAUGGGAUGGUCCCAAUUAUACAGUUUUCUGUGGUCGGGAUCUCUUCCUAAUUCUCAAAGGAAGCGUUCGAAUGAAUCAUGAAAUUAUAAAGCCGGAUAAUGAAAACAUGAUCGACUCUUCGACGCUAAAAGCUGGUCGUUGUUUUGGAAAUAUAACAGCCUCGGAUUCUGAUGAAAUGAACGCUAUGAACGAGAAGAGCGACAACGGUGCUUUCACUGCAACGACUUUAGAAAGAUGUGAACUAGUGAAAAUAUCUUCACAAGAUUAUCAUAAAAUGAAACAGUUGGUCGACAGUAGAAUAAGAAAACAAAACUUGGAUGUAAUACGGUCAUGUCGAUUGUUUGAAAAUUGUUCAAAACUCGCUUUGGGAAAAAUUGCGCAACUUUUGCGUUGGAAGUCUUUUCUUCCUGAUACAGUUCUUGCAAUUGAAGGUGACUCGUGUCCAUUUAUUGGACUUAUUAGUAAAGGAAGUUGCUAUCUUCGAAAAGCCGUGAAUGUUUGUAAAAGCAAUGGAAACAGAACGAUUGAUCGCAGACAAAAACAAUUAACAAUUGGUUAUCUCGGCGUUGGUGACUCCUUUGGUGAAUGCAGUGUGGUACAUAAACUACCAAUAUCUUACACAGUUGUAACCUCAUCUCAUGUUAAUCUAGCAGUUAUAUCCCUUCAUGAUUACAACGAUGUUGAUGAAGUGACGAAAGGUCUUUUAUUACAAUGCUACGACGCCAAAAAGAGGAUGUUUGAAACCAAAACGUUGACGGAUGUAAAUAUUGAAGAAGAGUAUAUUCGACAACAAAAGCAAAGAGAAUGGGCAAAGUUUAAGAAUGAUGUCGUUGAAAAAGUGAUCUUCCAUCGUUAUAUCACCCCGGGAUACGGGAAAUGGGGUAGAAAUCCCACUCCAAAAGAUGUCAUGAAUUUGUAACGAAAGAAUCAAAUGUAUAAUAUGUAAUAUGCAUAAGAAACAGCACAGUUUAUUUCCAAGCCAUAUGACAAGAAACUGCUAUGGCAUAAAUUAACUAAAACUGCAUAAAUUGACUAAACUAUCUCGCUUUGAGUGUCUUCAACAACUUCGGCAUUUUCAUCAAUGCCAAAUUUAUUAAUCAUUUGUAUGUGUAGGUGUGUUUAUGUAUUGUUUAUUGUGCAUAAUACCAUGGUUGCCAAUUUGUAUUGUUUUAGAAUUCAUCUAUUCAAAUACAAAAGUCGCAUUACCAGUA